CUCCGAUCUUAUACAAAUUACAUGAAAUAUAUCAGAUUGCAUAUUUUUAUUUGAAAAAUGAAAUCGAUAUUUUGUGUAUUAUGGCCUUUUAUAUGGCUAAAUUCAUCAGCCAACAGUAUGAAAAACAUUCUUAUUGGUUUAGGAGAACCAAAUGAGCCAGAAUCAUUAAGAGCAAUGGAAGCGGAAGAUGAAUGGUUUAUACAAAAAUUAAAUCAUUUCAAUCAUACUGAUAAUAGAACGUGGAAACAGAGGUAUCAAGUAAAUUCGGACUUUUAUAAAAAUGACGGACCAGUGUUUUUAAUGAUUGGAGGAGAAGGAAAAAUUUCAGCUAAAUGGAUGCGCAGUGGAGCCUGGAUUGAUUAUGCUAAAGAAUUUAAUGCUUUAUGUUUUCAACUGGAACAUCGGUAUUAUGGUGAAAGUCACCCAACUGAAGAUUUAAGUACUAGCAAUUUAGUGUACUUGAACAGUGAACAAGCAUUAGCUGAUUUGGCAGAAUUUAUUGUUAAUAUCAAAAUUAAAUAUAAAAUACCGCCAACAGCUAAAUGGGUAGCAUUUGGAGGAUCUUACCCUGGAUCUUUAGCUGCAUGGUUAAGAAUGAAAUACCCACAUCUCAUACACAUGGCAGUUUCUACUAGUGGGCCUUUGUUGGCAAAAAUUGAUUUCAGAGAGUAUUUUAUGGUAGUCGAAAAUGCAUUAGCUACAUAUAAGCCAGAAUGUGUGUCACAAAUAAAAGAAGCAAAUCAAAUGAUAAACUAUUUGCUUAAAACUGACCAUGGAGCAAAAAUAAUUGAAAAAAAAUUCCAAUUAUGUUAUCCUUUAGACAGAAAAAACCAUAAAGAUGUAUCAUAUUUAUUUGAAAUUUUAGCUGAUAAUUUCGCAGGAAUUGUACAGUACAAUAAAAACAACAGAUUUUAUUCGAAUCCUGAGCGAUCCUCAGUAACAUUAGAAACUUUAUGUGAUAUAAUGGUUAACAAAUCAAUACCAACUCCAUUAGAUAGAUACGCAGCUGUUAACAGUAAAAUAUUAUCUUUAUAUAAAACAGAUUGCCAAGAUAAUAUUUAUUCCCAGACAAUCGAUUUUUAUGUAAAUACAUCUUGGAGUAGUGAUGCAGCAGGAGGUGCACGACAAUGGACAUAUCAAACUUGUACAGAAUUUGGAUUUUAUCAAACAUCCAGUCAAGAUGAUCAUGUGUUUGGUCAUAACUUUCCGAUACAGUUUUUCAUUGAUUUGUGCAAAGAUAUUUUUGGAAAAUCAUAUAACUUAGAACUAUUGACGGAUGCGGUCGAAAGAACGAAUAACAUGUUUGGUGAAUUGAACAUUAGAGAAAGUCGAGUAUUAUUUGUACACGGUUCUGUUGAUCCAUGGCAUGCAUUAGGUAUUACGCACGCGAGGACAAAAAACAAUGUGGCAAUUUUCAUUAACGGGACAGCUCAUUGCGCAAAUAUGUAUCCUCCUGCACCAACAGAUCCUCCGGAAUUGACGCAAGCUCGCACUACGAUCAGAGAAUACUUGAAAGAAUGGUUGGCGGAAAAUGAUUUCGUUGAUUUAGAUCAAUACAAAUAGUAUGCUAUUCGUUAAUUUAAUUUUAAUGUUUAUUUCUGGUUGUAAUAAUUUUUAUAAACACAUUAUUAUAAAAUACA